AUGAAGAGUCCUGCCAUACCUCCCCCAUCUAUGAAGAGUCCUGCCAUACCUCCCCCAUCUAUGAAGAGUCCUGCCAUACCUCCCCCAUCUAUGAAGAGUCCUGCCAUACCUCCCCCAUCUAUGAAGAGUCCUGCCAUACCUCCCCCAUCUAUGAAGAGUCCUGCCAUACCUCCCCCAUCUAUGAAGAGUCCUGCCAUACCUCCCCCAUCUAUGAAGAGUCCUGCCAUACCUCCCCCAUCUAUGAAGAGUCCUGCCAUACCUCCCCCAUCUAUGAAGAGUCCUGCCAUACCUCCCCCAUCUAUGAAGAGUCCUGCCAUACCUCCCCCAUCUAUGAAGAGUCCUGCCAUACCUCCCCCAUCUAUGAAGAGUCCUGCCAUACCUCCCCCAUCUUUGAAGAGUCCUGCCAUACCUCCCCCAUCUAUGAAGAGCCCUGCCAUACCUCCCCCAUCUAUGAAGAGUCCUGCCAUACCUCCCCCAUCUAUGAAGAGUCCUGCCAUACCUCCCCCAUCUAUGAAGAGUCCUGCCAUACCUCCCCCAUCUAUGAAGAGUCCUGCCAUACCUCCCCCAUCUAUGAAGAGUCCUGCCAUACCUCCCCCAUCUAUGAAGAGUCCUGCCAUACCUCCCCCAUCUAUGAAGAGUCCUGCCAUACCUCCCCCAUCUAUGAGGAGCCCUGCCAUACCUCCCCCAUCUAUGAAGAUUCCUGCCAUACCUCCCCCAUCUAUGAAGGGUCCUGCCAUACCUCCCCCAUCUAUGAAGAGUCCUGCCAUACCUCCCCCAUCUAUGAAGAGUCCUGCCAUACCUCCCCCAUCUAUGAAGGGUCCUGCCAUACCUCCCCCAUCUAUGAAGAGUCCUGCCAUACCUCCCCCAUCUAUGAAGAGCCCUGCCAUACCUCCCCCAUCUAUGAAGAGUCCUGCCAUACCUCCCCCAUCUAUGAAGAGUUCUGCCAUACCUCCCCCAUCUAUGAAGAGUCCUGCCAUACCUCCCCCAUCUAUGAGGAGCCCUGCCAUACCUCCCCCAUCUAUGAGGAGUCCUGCCAUACCUCCCCCAUCUAUGAAGGGUCCUGCCAUACCUCCCCCAUCUAUGAAGAUUCCUGCCAUACCUCCCCCAUCUAUGAAGAUUCCUGCCAUACCUCCCCCAUCUAUGAAGAGUCCUGCCAUACCUCCCCCAUCUAUGAAGAGUCCUGCCAUACCUCCCCCAUCUAUGAAGAGUCCUGCCAUACCUCCCCCAUCUAUGAAGAUUCCUGCCAUACCUCCCCCAUCUAUGAAGGGUCCUGCCAUACCUCCCCCAUCUAUGAAGAGCCCUGCCAUACCUCCCCCAUCUAUGAAGAGUCCUGCCAUAACCCCAGACCCCAUGACUGACUGA